CGCUCAAAGGAACGGUCGUCGUCUGUGCUAAUCCGUUCCGAUCCGGUCCGGUUCGUGUCUCUCGCUCUCCGUGGUGUGGCAGUUUUUUCUACCUUCUUCUUUCCGUCUCCGUCGCCAAGUGCGGCCGAUAUGCAUUGGGCUGCGGCAGGAAUAAUCCAGAAUUUUCAGUGUUUUGUGUGCGUUUCCGGUCUGUAGGAAGCCGUCGCGAGUGCAAAUUCCGGCAACGGUUAACAGUGUCGCCGGGGGAUAAAGAAACAGCGUAAUCUUAGCCCGAAUUUCACGUUCCCGGAAGUGCGACCGUGUGAGUGACGGUGAGCGGAGAAGAAAAAUUUUCUAGCAGCGAAUCGGAAUCGGGAGACCCCAGAGGAGGAGGACCAGAGCACCAGUAGAAGAGCCCCAGCAGCAGGAGCAGAGCCAGCGCGGAGAAAUUUUGCCAAAAGAUGGCCGUCAACGUGUACUCGACGAACGUGACCACAGACAACCUGUCGCGGCAUGACAUGCUCUCGUGGGUCAACGACUGCCUCCGGUCGCAGUUCAACAAGAUCGAGGAGCUGUGCACGGGCGCCGCCUACUGCCAGUACAUGGACAUGCUGUUUCCGGGCUCCGUGCCGAUGAAGCGCGUAAAAUUUCGUACAAACCUCGAGCACGAGUACAUCCAGAACUUCAAAAUCCUGCAGGCGGCAUUUAAGAAGAUGAAUGUUGAUAAGGUCAUCCCGGUGGACAAGCUGAUAAAGGGCCGCUUUCAGGAUAACUUUGAGUUUCUGCAGUGGUUCAAAAAGUUCUUCGACGCAAACUACGACGGGCGGGAGUACGACGCGAUGGAGUCGCGCUUCGGCAUCCCGCUCGGCUUGGGUGCGAUCCAGCACGAGCUGGGCGUCGGGUGCGAGCUCCCCAAGCGGCAUAUCCAGGCGCCAAAAGCGCAGAAACUUCCCGCUGCGGUGCACCACGUUCCGCUGUCCACUGUUUCCAAAGUGACCCCCAGUAGACCCGCAGCGCAACCGGUGAGCAGCCUGGAGCGUCGGCCGUUGGGCGGGGGCGGCGGCGGCGGUGCUGCCAACGCGAGCAAAUCCUCCUCGCAGAACAGCGUGUCGAACCAGCAGGUCGACGAGCUGACCACACAAGUCAUGGACAUGCGGUUACAUCUGGAGGGGCUGGAGAAGGAGCGCGACUUUUACUUCAGCAAGCUGCGGGACAUUGAGAUUCUCUGCCAAGAGGACGAGCAAAACGAAACUCCGAACAAUCUGAUCCAAAGAAUUUUGAAUAUUCUGUAUGCGACAGAGGUAGGUGACGGUUUCGCCCCUCCGGAUGAUGCGGCAGCGGAGGAAGAAGAGUACUAAAUCGCUCAUUACACCUAGAACAACAAGCAACAGCAGCAGCAACAACCACACAACUAAGAUCAAUGAUGAAGACAGCAGAAAAAAAAGCGCGCGCGCUCUCUCGCACACACACCCACAACACACACUCGUCCGCAGAGAAACUACAAUCUGGCCGGAGUUGACUCCGCGACUUCCCGGAACCAACCAACCCAAUAGAACUUGGAGCGUCGAGAACAAGCUGUAGUUUAAAACACUUGUGAGAGAUAUAAGAUUGCGGUAGUGAUGAGGUUUUUUUUCGUUUCGUUUUUUCUUCUACAUUUCCUUUUUUUCUCUGUAUUUAAAAACAAAUAUUUCACCCAAACAUAUUAAAAGCUACCAUAUUAUCAAUGUGACUAAUUCAACGCGGUUUUGUGCGAUGCGAAGCGAGGUGAGAAAUAGAAAACAAAAAACGAACUGAUUUUUCCCACAUGUGGAAUUGUUUCGAAACUGAAAAAGUGGCGCAAGUGUUUAUAGUAGUUGGGGAAAUGGGGAGAGAAAAACAAGAAAACACGUAUAUAUUUACGCAAAAAGGUUUGAGAUCUAAAUCAUACUGCAUAAGAGAUUUCGUUUUAGCAUUUUUUCCGUCUUUUUUUGUGUCUCCUUUAAAUCCGUGUCGAGCGCAAAACACACAACAAACCCGGAAUGUAACACGAACGAGAAAGAGUAUUUUGAAAUGGUGCAAAAUCGACUGUUUUAUAAUAGUGUAUUGUUACGCAUUUUUCCCGCCCCGUCGCGUGUAUUGUAAUUGUAGUAAUAUCUGGCUUGAAUUUAACGUUUCUGUUUUGUGGAGGGGGCUCUUCUGGUAAUGUACGCAUUACUAACUGUUGAGCAUUUGCCGACAAAUCAGUGGUCCACGCUCAGCAACAAUGGGCACGCGCAAGAGUGUGCCGUUGUUCCAAAAUGCCUUGUUAUUUACACUUUUCAACGAACCAAACAACAAACUUAUUGUUCUACAAAACCCUGUUACAGGAUUGGAAAGCACUCAUCCAGCGCAUUAAGAAAUAGACUAAAUUUUUCAUUUAACCGACAGGAAAAGUAGUGAACAGAGAAAAAAAAAAACAUAAAUUUCGAAAAGUGUAAAUUAUAUAACAGGUUUAGCUUGAAUACUCUGUUGUGAAAAGAAGCAAAAUAAAAACAACAAUAAAAUAUAGUAUUGUUAACGUCAAAUGAGUCGUUUGUGCGCGUGAAACAAAACAAAUCAACACCCUAUUACAACCUAUUUAUGCUUGAAUGGAUCCAUUUUUUCUCUAAUCGCCAACGCCCCGUGCUUAUCAAACUGAGGGUAAUACAUAAAUAAAAAAAUAAACGAAACCUAAACAGCAUUGUUGCGCAAGUCAGGUGUGCAAACCAGGCGUUAAAAAAAACAAAUCUAAAACAAACUUUUUUCUAACAUUUUGGUUCGAAUUCGGAAGGCCCAACCCGGGCCGCCACCCCCUAUGACAAAAUUGGUUAAUUUAAUUAUUCUUUUUUAUUAAUAGACAAAUACUAUCGUAAAAGCAA